AUGGCAGCCUUUGUGGUGGCGCAGCUCCGCAAAUAUGGGGAAUUGCGCAACGAUCUCAGCAGCUUUGAGGGCCGCACGCGCACGGACAACACACUGGCGACUGCGCGGCGACUCAGACAGGCGAGUUUAGGGGCUGGAAUGCGGCGCGCUCGACUCCCCCGACCCCCUAAAGCUGUUUUCGAGCUCGUGCAGCGACAGGGAUCGUUUGUCGUCACUCCGGCAUCGCCUUGUCCUGGGACCGUUUGCAUGUGGCGUGGACGCGCCGCAGCCAGGGGCAACCCGACCGCAGCGGCUUCGAGGCCUCCGAGGAAGCUGAAAGCUCGUCAGAGUGGCUAUCGAUGGUCACGAAGGCUGUAG